CAUUCCUAGUUGCCAUCACCACCUUGAGCCCCCCCCCACCAGCCUAGAUUGCCCACAUGCCUCUUUACAUCUCUAUAUAUUCACUCCUCAUCUGUAAAUUGAAUCCAACAAAACCACAGCUUUAAAUACACAGACAUGGCGAGUAAGUCUCCCGUAUUCCCAAUGCCAGAGUCCCAUCACUUCAGCGACUAUGGCUUUGACCCACAAAUCGACUACUUUCAGUUCUUGGAGGAAGCAAGGAACCACCAGCGUGAGACAACUAUAGACUCUUUGCAUUUCAAGCUCCAGAAACCCAUCACCAAAGAUGAUUCUAGCAGAAAGACCCACAACACCAAGAAGAAGCACUGGUGGAGAAAAGCCUUCUUAUUUUUCAAAUGGAGGUGGAUCCACAGUCACCAUAAUAAUGAUCUUGCAGAUGAAGAAGAUGUCCAUGAAGCUAGAGCUCGAGCAUUCAGGGCAUCAGUAUCUGGUCCUGUGUACAUAACUGAAAGCAGAAGUGGUUCAAGUACUCCAUACAGGACCGUUAACCGCCCAUCACCUGGUACGCUCGCCGGUAAUCUGACGGCAGCAAGAAAGGGUGAUUUGGAGAUACCCUAUUUGAGUCUGAGGGAGCUUAACAUGGAGCAGCAGCAGCAGAGGAUGUCCACUUCUGCUUUGCCAGUAUAUUUGGUCACUUAAUUGAGAUGUUUAAGUUUUCAUUUUUUUUUUUUUGGCUUUGUGCAGUUACUGUUUCAGGAUCUUACUGACUAGCUUGUAACUACACAGUUGUUGUUUGCUAGAUGAUGAUGGCUGUGGGUUUUGCUUUGGGAAAGGUAUCCAUUAUUAUUAUUUUCUUGGGCUUUCCCACUCUUUUCCAGAUUUUCCGAAGUGCAAACUGCAAAAGGUGUUUGUUGCUUUUGGAGGAUUGUUGGAUUGGAUUAUUGAUUUCUGCAACUAAUAGACUACUCAGUAACUCGGUGGUUUAAC